GUUUUGUAUACGACUAUUUAUUUCCAUUUUAUAUAGUGUAUGCGUGUGUAAAUAUAUACACACAUACAGUAGUAUAUUUGUUUAUAUUUUAAACAUUGUAUAGAUCUGUUUUUAAAUUAUACAUUGUAUAUAUGCACAACUGUGUCUUAGUGUAUGUCAUGUUCGUAUAUUAACGGCUUCUACAUUACAUUACAUGUAUACAUGUGUGUAUAUGUAUUUAUGUUUAUAACAUUGUCGGUUUUACCAUUAAUUUGGACCCUCUAACUGUGUCUUAUCUACUAUUACCGUAUUACUUAAUAUCAUAUCCCAUUGAAUAAGAAUACUUGUGGUCCGGAACACAAACCUAUCUGCCUUCAUUUGUCGCGUCUCGUAACGUCUUUUAACGGUUUAUCACAGUCAUGCCUCAAGUUUUUCAUGUGGUCAGGUGCUGUGAAUGUGAAACAUUUCAAGUACAGCAGGUGAAGAAAGUGAGGAAAUGGUCGUGUAAAGUCUGUGGACAAAAACAAUCCUUAAUCAAGGAGUAUGGCAGAGGAUCUGGAGCUGACUGUCGGCAUCAUGUCCAGAAAUUGAACUCGUUACGCCAGGAUAUGGAUCGAAAGGAAUUUGAGGAGAACCUUUCUGUACUCUGUCAGCCGGAACAACAGCAGAAACAUCAACAACAACGACAACAUCAACAAAAUGUUGAACAAGAUUCAGAAGAAAGUAAUGAAUGUACCUCCUCUGGACAGACUUGCAACAGGUGGCAGAAAUUUCUCAAUUCAAAUCUUGAUACUGAAUCAGUUUAUGAGGAUCCAGAAGACAAUGACACUGUUAGUACUGCUGACCAGUUUGAGGUGGGAAGUUUUCAAAAUUUCAGAAAACGUCCAAAAUGGUCAGUUUCAGAAUCACAUCACUACAGAAAAACAGUCUCGAAACACUGUCCACCUGAUGCUUCCUCCAAUGACUACCACCACCGCUACGUCCAGGCACUAAAAAGCGAACCCUCUCUGAAUGCUGAACAGCAUCGGCCUUCCUCCGAAAACAUCACUGGUCAACCUAAGAGGACAAAAUAUUGCAGGACCCAGGGUGCUCCUUUUACUAAUUGCUUUACUAGAGAAAGUGACUUUACCGGAGUCCAGUUUGUUUCUAAUAGCGGCCAUCGUCCUGGUAAUGUUUUCAAACCUGCAUCACAUGUCACAUCAACAAAUCUCAUGCCAUCAGCUACUACUUCUACUACUACUACUACAGCAACUGCUUCUACCACUGCUGCUACAUGUGAUGUUACUACUGCCAGUACCAUAAAACAUGAUGAAGAAAUGUAUUCGUGUUCAACAAGACGGUCAUCAGUACUUGACAAUUCUCCUGGUAAGGCUAGUAACACGCCAUCAUCAUCUUUCCAUCAAAAGUCACCAACUGGUUCCAUUAAAGCUGUUCAUUCUACUAGUUCCUCCUCAUCAAAGUGGAGCUGUUUUUUAAGCAACCCAUGCCAGAUGGAAGAUUCUGUUGACGACAGUGACAAUGAUGAUGAUGAUGAUGAUAUAGAUGAUGGAGAUGGUAUUGGUAGUGAUGGUGGAGGUGUUGGUGUUAAUAGUAUGAAUACUGGUUCAGUCACGCAGUUCAUCCCAUACAACAGAACUCAACAUGAAAUACCUACAUUUGGGAACAGUUUGCUUUCUGCAAAGGAGAAUGGUAAGAAGGGACACAUUCAGGACUCUUCAUGUCAAAGAUCAAAUGAUUGCCUUCCAUUGACCUCAGUUUGCCAAAAUCCCAUUGUGAAGUCUACUAAUGUGAUCCCUAAGGAUUUCACUGGUGUAGACAAUAUGUUCAACCUGGAUGAAAAUGAAUUUGAUUUUACUUUCUAAUAAUUCAGUGAAUUUGAGUUGUUUUUUUUUAACUCUAGAACAGUGGUAAGAUCAGCUGAAAUGGCUCUAUGACACUGUAUGCGUUGGUUAAUACACACACAUGGCACCUUGGGCAAGUAUCUUUUACCGUGACUGCAGGCUAACCAAUACAUUGUGGGUGAAUUUGAUUGACAGAAGCUGAAAGGCUGUUGUGUGAGUGUAACUUUGUUUGUCUCCCACCACUUCACCACUAGUGUUGAUCUGUUUAUGUGGUAAAAAACCAAUAUAAUAAAUACUGGGCUUACAAAUAAGUGCUGGGAUUGAUUUGUAUGACUUUAAACCUUCAAGGCAGUGCCCCAACAUGACCACAGUCCAAUGAGUGGAACAAGUAAGAAACAUACGAGGUGGUAUCAAAAAGCUCCCGGUCUAGUUAUGUAUAAUUAAAAAAAAUAACUUAUUUACCUAAGUUUUAACAUCAUCUCCUUCGAAAUAGUCACCUUCCGCAUCAAUACACCAUUUCCAUCAUCCCUACCACUUUUGGAAUCCUGCCUAAAAGUCGUUUUCUAUAAGUGAGUCAAGGACCUUCUACAUUUCACUCUGGACUUUGACCUUUGAGCUGCAUAAGUCCGCAAGUGCUAAUUCUGGCGAAUAGGGUGAGUGCGGAAGUCAUACCAUGUUGUUUUAAGCGAGAAACUCAUGAAUGAGAACUCGGUGACAAGGGGCAUUGUCGUGAAGGAUCCAGCUCUUUGCACUCCAAAGAUCCAGUUGCUUUUGCCUCAAACGCUUCAAAACAUUGCAGUAGAACUCUAGAUCAAGAGUCUGGCUAUGACGAACGAAUUCUCAAUGCACAAUACCACAUUUCCAGUAGUGACACUCUUGACAGGUCUUCAAGAUUAUUCACUGUAUUCCAGGGACUUCUGCUUUCAUAGCGCCCACAUCACUCAAAACAUUUCAUAUGACCCAUUGCCUCGACACCGUAAGCUUGCUGAAGCAUGCUCAAUGUCUCUGUCGCAGACUUCCAAGUUUAACGGAGAACUUUAUGGCUCUUUGUUCCAAAAUCGCAGACGACAACAUACACAUGAUCAUAAAUUUCACAAUUUGCGAAGUAAACACAGUGAUACCACUUGGAACAUUGCCCCAUGAAGGUCACUGCAAGCUCUCACUCCGCUCGCAACCAUGUUUGCUGCCAUCUGUUGGCGUACUACAGAACUAGUCCGGCAACGUUUUGAUACCAUCUCGUAUGUAUGUGCUUGUGCAAGCGCUUUCCCCACUUCGUUUUGUUUAUCUAUGCAUGGUUAUGUCUUUAGCAAAAAAUAUGAAAUAUUUUUUAAACAAAAUAUAUAAAAUUGCUAGGAGUGGCUGUGUGGCAAGUAGCUUGCUAACCUUUGUCGGAGACGGAUGUGUUUGUUUUUGGGGGAGAGUUCUUGCUGCUUGAUGCCAUGUCUUUCGUCGUGAAAUAUUGAACUUUGAGGCUCGACUACAGGUAGACAUUUGUUGUAUUUUUUUGAGGGCUUAGUGGAGCUUGUUGCCUUGUAUUUAAUAUUUUUUGGUGAGUAAUAGACUCCACUCUGCUCCGGACAUUUGCCUGCCUGUGGCCGCCUAUAAAGACUCAUUUUGCAGUGAGAAUUGUGUUUUUUAAGGAGGCGUAGCCCCUCCGCAAAAAUUAAUUUCUUUGCGAAAUUUAUCUUUAUGUCUGUGGAUUACCAAGGAUUACCAAGGCAGGAGGGACUGUUUUUGCAAGGUGGACGUGAGUGUGUUGGCUCUGGCCAAUUACAAGAAAAAAGAACAAAAACAGAGAAGGUUGUGAUUUUGUUUUAUCUGAGCUGGGUGUAAUUUUUUGUUAACAAAUUUCGCCCAUUGCUGGGACAAUUUCGCCUGCUCUCGGCGGCUGCUGUUUUGUGAAUUUAGUGUGAAUUUUUAGGAUUCAUUUUAAAAAAAACAGUGGAGGGGCAUAUCCUUGCCCGAAUGAUUAGAACCUGUUACAGUUGCUGUUGCAGUUACCGUUGGCUGUAGCCAGUAUUGUGUUUGGAUUUAUUGGAUUUCUUUUACCAAUUACGGGUAAAAACGAUUCAUACCAAGGAACCUAUGUACAUUUAGCCAGGAGUACCUUUUCGGCCGAAAAUUAAUUUAUUUCUUUGCCUGGAUUUGAACUCUCUUCUUCAAAGCUUUCGUUUAUUUAAAAAAAAAGAACUUUUUUUGAACUGUUAUUUUUA